AUGCCAAAAGAGAAAACAGUACAGGUGAAAGAGAGGUUGGUUCAGUUUGAAAAACAAAGACAAAAAAUAGCAUCAAAAAGAAAAGCAGCAAAAGCAAACCUACCUGCUGAAAGAAAAACAAAAAGGAAAAUAACUGAUGAAGAAUAUGAAGUGAAGGAAGAAAAUAUAGAAAAAGCUUUAAUUGUGGAACGGGAGGUUUCCCCUUUGGCGAUGAUUACCAAAGAAGUUCCUGCAAAAAAGAAACCAAAGAAAUCAAUUGCUGUUUACAAGGAAAAAGUAGCAGAAGAAGAGGAAGAAAAAACUGGAGUUAGAGGAGGACAUGGAAAAUUCAUCAGUUUCAUUUCCAUGAUGAAUGAACAGAAGAAGGAGGCCGUUUGGAAUAUCGGUCUAGGAGCAUUGCUAGAUUUCCAGCUACCUACUUCAUCCCAACAAUUUGUUACAUGGCUAUGUAACAACUUUGAGGAAAACAGCCAAUAUCUUUAUCUGCCGAAGAAUGAGAAAAUCCUGAUAGAAUUUGAGGACGUGAAAAAGAUAUAUGGCCUUCCUAGCGGUGAAGUAGACAUAGUUGAGGCAAAGUCUGACAAGGCUAGUGAAGUGUUUUCUGCAUUCAUGGCAAGGUAA